AUGGCUUUCGGCUUCGGCGCGUCCAAUUCCGCUGGGGGAAGCGCUUCUGUAGAGCUCGGUGCAGAGCUUCCAAAUGUCGUAACCGAUAAAGUCGGUUUCAAGGGCCUCAACGGAGACGCAAAUAUCCGCUUCCUUCCUACAGCAUGGCCCAGCGACGCGCUCCCCGCUCCGACUUCCUCUCUCUUAGCUGUCGCACACUCCAAAGGUCUCGUUGUCGGUGCUGGCCCUGAUGCGCUGGUAAUCAGCACAACCGAAAUUAUUAGGAAGGCCAUAGAAGCACCGGCUGGAGAGCAGAUGGAGAAGACCAAGUCCUUCCAACCGACCGCCACAAUUCCCCUUCCUGCUCGUCCUACACAUGUGGCAUUCACCCCGGACGACGACGGCUUGAUUCUCGCGACGGAGAAUGGUCCCACGAUCUCUGUCUUCGAUGUGAAUAAUCUCACUAGCGGAAAUGCGCAACCGGCGAUCUCGAUCCCUACAAAUGGCGUGUCGCUACGAGCACUGGCACCCAACCCCGAUGCUGCCUCGACACUUGUCGCACUAGUCACGGUGAACGGCGAGCUUCUUAUUGCAGAUCUGAAGGCUCGAAGUCUAGUGCCUGGACCCAAUGGGCCAGUUCUCAAAGAUGGCGUUAGCUGUGUCGCAUGGAGCAACAAAGGAAAACAGGUAGUUGCUGGAUUGGCCGAUGGUACUGGAUACCAGAUGGCUCCCGAUGGAACCAAAAAGGCUGACAUCCCUCGCCCGCCUGACUUGGAGGGGGAUUCCCACGUUUCAUCUAUUGCCUGGCUUGAAAACGACGUCUUCUUUGUGACCUACACUCCGAAUGCCCUGGAGGAUCCCAUGGGAGGGAACCCCCCUUCUUCUAACUAUAUAAUCACUCGCCGCAAGCAGGCACCUUUCCUCAUCCAGAAAAUGGAGGAAGAAAUCUGCUCGACGAUGGGGUUCAUGAUGAAGCGGGCCCCUGCAAGCCACUUCCGCGUCAGACUGAGAGACUACAACCCUCACUUGAAAGACGUCUUGAUUGUCGCGUCAACUGCCUCGGGUGAUGUCAAUCUCGUCACACGAUCUGACCAGCCUCUGGCGAGCGACGAUAGCGCCCAGCGUCAUGUUGGCCAGUAUAUGACCACAGAACUGAGUGACGAUACCAAGCGCGCCUGCGUUCCUUUGAAUGAUUCUGGAGAGGAUACAUCCGUCAUUGGCCUGGCACCCUACCUGUCGGCCACUGAACCUGUCAUUGCGCCGAUAAUAGGAUCCGAUAUCACCGCGAGUUCGACGCCCCUCCCGGGUGUCCUGCUUCUCAAUAACGAUGGUAUUCUAGCGUCUUGGUGGUUCAUUUACACCGAUUCAAUCCAACAAAAAAUACCGUACUCUGGUUUGGUUAUGGCCGGUCAGGCGAACCAAACUCCCUCUCAACCACAAGCGCCGGCUGCCACCCCGGCCCCUGCUCAGCAACCUGCCUUUGGCCAGCCAUCAUUUGGAUCCUCGGGUUUCGGCCAGCCCGCAUUUGGGAAGCCAGCAGGUGCUCCUGCCUUUGGUAGCCCAUCUGCCCUGGGUGCCUCGACUAUGGGCGCCACCGCCUUUGGAAAACAAAGUGCUCCGGCAUUUGGCACCCCGUCCCGACUUGGUGGAAGCCCUGCUCCUGCCUUUGGCCAGACAUCGACCCCGGCCCCGGCUUUUGGAACCCCGUCUAUGCCUGGAUCAGGACCAGCUUUUGGCGCCCCCAGCACCCCUGGGCAGCCACAAUUCGGGAAGUCCGGCUUUGGACAGCCUCCCGCCUCAGCAAGUCCAUUUGGUGGUAGUGCAAGUGGCGCAGCGGCUAGUGGUGGAGGCUUUAGUUCCUUUGCGGGAGCAGGCGGCUUCAGCGGUUUCGCUACUGCCAAGCCCGGGGAGUCGCCAUUUGCUGCGAAAGCUACAGGCGAGUCGCCUUUUGCUGUGAAACCAUCAGCGGAAUCUCCGUUCGCACCGAAAGCUACAGGGGAGUCGCCAUUCGCUGCGAAGGCUACAGGCGAGUCACCGUUCGCUGCGAAGCCUGCAACGCAGUCGCCCUUCGGAGCUAAGCCUGAGCCGAAGACCUCGUUCCCACCUCCAGCUUCCACCGAGGUCAGGAACCCCUUCGGUCCUGCGGCAGGCAGCUUUGAACUCAAGUCUAGCUUCAAGGGGGAUGGUACAGCUGUCAACGACGGGCCAAAGCCAGCCAAAGCUUCCUCGGGACCAUUCUCCUUUGAUGUGUCUCUUGAUGACAUGGUGUCGACACCACGCAAGGGCAGCGUAUCCUCGGCAAUGAGUGAUGAAGUUGAACCCGUGGACAAGGCAACAUUCUCGAUCUUCGGCGGGGCUAGCAAACCUGCUUCACAGACUCCUACAUCAAAGUUCAGUUCGAAGAUGCAAACUCCCAAGGCGGCGGAUCCCAGCAAGCCGGCAUUUUCAAUGUUUGGCGCUACUUCCGACCAAAAUCGCGUCACUAGCCCACUGUCUGAUAAGACUGAGACCCCUCAGAUGAAUUUGACUAAGACACCUAGUAUUGACGUGGAGACGCCAUUACCACCGGAUGCUACUACCCGGGCCAGCUAUGCCGCUGGGGAUACUUCUGCAUCUUCCAACGUGUCCAAUGUGUCGAGAUCCUCUGCGGAUGACGCUCCGCUUCCUCCGGAUUUCACCAAACCGAAGAAGGUCUCUCCGACGCCUGUAGAUGACGCACCCUUGCCACCCGAUUUCGUCUCGCAGAAGAAGCCCGUGCAAAAGGCCGAGGAUGCUCCUCUGCCUCCAGACUUUAUCGCCCCGAAGAAAUCUGUUCCUGUAACAGAUGAUGCUCCUCUGCCUCCAGACUUUAUCGCCCCGAAGAAGUCUGCUCCGGUAACGGAUGAUGCUCCUCUACCACCUGAUUUCGUGGCUGCAAAGAAGUCUCUACCCGAAGCCGAUGAUGCGCCCCUUCCUCCGGAUUUCCUCACCAAGCCCCCGAAGCACGAGGCCGUGCCAGAAGAUGCGCCUCUCCCGCCAGACUUCACUGCAAAGCCAAAGGCCGAACCUUACGAGGAAGCGGUGCCCGUGCCUGAUGACUCUGACGAAGCCGGCAUCUCUGAAGUUGACUCUGAUGAAGCUGGCCUCUCUGAAGCUGAGUCUGAAGAAGCUGAGUCUGAGGAAGCCGACGGGUCAGAUUUCAAUGAUAGUGGCGAGGAAAUUACCCACGACGAGGCUACUACUGUCAAGCCCGAGCCAUCGGCCCAGAGUUCGUUUGUCUCUGAGCAGAGCUCUACGGGAGGAUUCUUCAGUAGCCCUGCUCCAAAGACGGAGAAGAAAGGCCACCAUCCUCGGCAGCUCUUUGGAGAAAUAUCUAAGCAGCCGGUUCUUCGUCCCCCGGGUCCCGUUCCCCGAGGCAACCGCGAGCCUUAUCGGUCACCCAGUCCGGUUCGUGCACAGCGAAAGGGUGUGUUGGCUACAAAGGCUCAUGGCCGCAAGGGUUCUGCAAGCGCGUUGCAUUCGCGCAAGGCGUCCCUUACCGAAAUCGCCAAGAGAGAUGGCCGCUUGAGGAAGGCUAGCGAUGUGGACCGUGAGGAGCAAGAGAGACAAGCACGGGCACAUGCAGAGGCUCAGCUACAAGAAGAAGAUGUCCUGUCCCUGCCAGACGAGGGCGAUGACGAUAGACUUCGUGAUGAAUUGGCUCAGCCGGUCGAGCCUGUUGAUACCCUAGACCCAUUCUUGCCACACCAGAACUACAUGGGUGAGGCUGCGAAGCCCGGAAUUGCGGGUCAAAUUGAGCGGAUCUAUCGUGACAUUAACUCCAUGGUUGACACGCUGGGAAUCAAUGCUAGGUCAUUGGUGGGAUUCCUUAUGCACGAGCAACUCAACAAGCAGGGCUCCGAUGUUGAUGAGUGGGUGAUGGUUCUCACAGGCGAUCAGCCCGCCGAUAUCCUCGACAAGAAGAUGUCUCUGAAGAACAUUGAGAAUUUCGACAGCGUGGUUGAUUCACUGGCCCAACUAUUGGAUAGCCAGCGUGUCCAGGGUGUCGAAGAAAAGUUGAACGAAUGCCGUGACCUGCUCAUGAAACGAAUUGUCACCCUACGAGGCCAGUUCGCCAGCAUUCGCAAGACUCUCGACGCUCACACAGACACCGGGGCUAUCCUCGAAGCACCACUCUCUGCCGAGCAAAGUGCUCUCCAGCAUGAUCUGCGCACGACCUUUACAGACCUCCAGGCCAAAACCGCCGCCCUGGAACAAGGUGUGUCCCUCCUGCGCGCCAAGAUCGCGGACAUCCCGCAGGCGAACGGAUCAGUCCGAAAUCGCCCAACUGUUGAAGCCGUCACUAAGACCAUUGCUACUAUGACGAGCAUGGCCGAGGGCAAGAGCACCGAUAUCGACGUCCUCGAGUCGCAGAUGCGCAGGCUCGGCAUCGACAUCGCUAUCGCCGGACCCCCGAGUCGCGAAGGCUCACCCUUUACCACUCCUCGCAAGAACCUCGUCGGUCGUAUCCCCAUCACCCCUGGCUCACGCGGCUCGGUUGACGGCAGCGCCUACCACACCCCUGAGUCCGCCUCGCGUGGCAUCAACUUCCGUUCCAGCGUCAACGGCUGGGUCCGCCACAGUCGUCUCCGCGACGUGGAGGGUCCUGGUGAGCUUGCUGUGCCUCAGGAAGACGCUAGCCAGUACCAGGCGAAGCGCACGCGUCGUCAGCACCUGAAUGUCUGCUUGAAGAAGGUGUUCGAGGAUAAGUCUAACAAGGUGCGCGACGCUGAUGACUGGUAG